UGUUUCGCAGCCGACAUUUCCGUCCGGAACAUUAAUGUGUGACACACGACAACAAUAAUACGGAAGUAAUAGGAAUCAGGUGACUUAUUCUCAUACAGCUGUGUUGUGUAUUUAAUUUGUGACAACUGAAACAGCCUACAUUAUGGAGGACCAAGAGAUGCAACUCAAAGUUAGACGAGUGAGUGACAAAUUCACGGAGAGUAUGUACGUCCUGGCUAACGAGCCGUCCGUGGCUCUCUACAGACUGCAGGAGCACGUCAGAAGGUCGCUGCCUGAACUGGUGCAACACAAGACUGAUAUGCAGAGCUGGGAGGAACAAAGUCAAGGUGCUAUUUAUACUGUGGAGUAUGCAUGCAGUGCGGUGAAGAGCAUGACGAACAGCAGCUUGUAUUUCAAAAACAUUGACGGCCUCCUCCGUCAAGCCAUCAGCAUGAAGGAGCAGAUUAGUACCUCUCAAGGACGCAGCUUACACGAUGUGACUCCCUCUCCCAGCCCCCCUGUCUCUGCUCCACACCCCCCACCCACUUCCUCAUGAUCUCUAGACAGAGAUGUCCAAGGAAAAGGACCGUAGACUCCGGGAUGGUGAAGGAGGGGGGAGAAAAGCACAGCUCUGGGAUGUGACGCGACUUCCCGAGUUGGCGGCUGGCCUCUACAGUCUCUCGCUCUGCUACCUAUUGAUUGCGGCUGAAGAGGGGUCAUAAGGGCGACACCUCCUCAUCACAAUAGAGUGACCGCCUCCAAUGACCCCCCCAUCACUAGUAUAAGCCACUCAGUGGAACAGCGCACAGCAGCUCUGCCAGGUUCAGCAUUAAAAACACUUAAGUCAUGGCUGCUCAAAGAAUGCAUUGUUCUCGUGGACUCGCUGGACGGAUCAGAGAGAGAGAGCUGCAGUGUUGUUUUGCCUCUGCUGUUGAAAAUCCACUGCAAUGCCAAUGUUUUUUAGCAUGGUUUUCUAGCUGUUAUGAGUUUGUUGUUUAAAGUUAAUAUCUAAAAACUAAGUAGAAUGUCUGAUCAGGCAGCAUAUAUAUACACACAUAAUUCAGACUCUUAAAAAGUGAUGUUGCCUUUUUUUUUUUUUUUUGUUAGCCUUACCUGCCAAGUAGACGGAAACCCCCAGGCAGAAAAGUCCAAUAGCCACAUGUCGUACAGCUCUGCUGUCCAACAGAAACCAGUCUGCUCUGUUGGAAGAAACCUCAUAUUAUUAAUAUCAUGCCUGAGAUGUCCUUGAACAUCACUGCCACUUUUCAUGAGCACAUAAAUGAAGACAGUUGUAUAUUUGUCUUAAGUUUCUUUUCAUUCUUUUUUUACUUGCAGUUAAACCAUCAUUUGUUUUCCUCCAGAUGUUUUUUUUUUUAUAUAACAUUAAUUCUUGGGUAUGAUUAAACGCUAAAGAUAUUUUGUGACACUCA